UGGGCAGGCAGAGGUAAUCUUGCUCCAUGGCCUCCAGCGACUGCCUGGCUGCCCUGUGCUCUUUGGUGGUCACUUCUGGGCACACAGAUCUCGGGGCACCUGUGCUCAGAUGAGGCCCAUAGCCCCCUAACCCUGGCUGGCUGUCCCACAGUGCUGCUUGAGGUCUCCUGCCUGCCGAGGCACGUGCCGGGCACUGCCCCCAGGGACUCAGCUCUGGCCCUGGCCUCCUGGUGGAGACAGACUGCAGAUCUGACGACACUCUGGCUGAGCCCUAGGCAGGCGGCUGGCCCUGUGCCCGGUACUCAGUGUCCUGAGCCCUCGGAGGCCCUGGGAUGGGGUGGUCACCCCACUCUGGGGGGGACUGAGUCCCAGGCGCCACGGCAGCACCGGAGCAUGGGUCUGUGUGAAUCCAGAGCCUGGCCCUUUCCCAUGAUGCCGCCGCCUGCGUCAGCUUCUUUUGGCCAGGCUUGGGGCCUGGGGGAGACAAAGGCUGUUCUGAAGGAGGUCUCUUAGGUGUCAUUAGUUGGUUUGGGGACUCGGGGAUCCCCUUCCGGUGGGGCAGCUAUUGUGAAGAUUCGUACAGGUGGGGCCGCUGGCUCAGGGGAUUCUGAGACCCAGCCCCUCAUUUCAGGUGUGCCUUUCACAGGUGGUGAGGACACGGGCAGUGUGUGCUGAGAUGCAGGUGUCAGGAGGCCUCACUAACCUAUGAGGCAAGUAGGGGAGUUCUGUUGUCACGCUAGUAGGGUCAGCAGCCCUGUCGUAGGAGCAGAGAGAGCCGUUGCCUCACCCCACUGUACAGCCAGCCAGCAGAGCUUGGGGUGAGGGGCUGGCGGGGAGGGCCCUGGGCUGCUCCUGGGCCCACCUUGGCGGGCUUUCCCUGGCUCCGUCUGCCUGGUCUCUGGGCUCUCUCAUGCCGAAUGAGGAGUCCCGUGUGGGCAGCCUGGUAGUGAAUGUUGCUGGGGACCCAAAGAUGCAUCAGACGUGGCCCCAGCCUUGAGGCUCAGGGUCAGGCCGGCCAGAAAGUUGUGGCCCCGUGGGGCUCUGUGUGCAGGGUCUGCUGGGAGGUCGCAGUCCUCCAGGGCUGUGUGGGGGACACGCAGGGGUGAGUAAGCCGGGGAGAUCCUCCCAGGGACAUAGGCUGCAUCUGUACUCGUGGAAAUAAGGGGAGCAGGUGCCCCUGUCCUUGGUGGAAGGGGAAGAAGUGCCUUGGAGUCUGGCACACUGGUUUCACCUUGGCCCUUCUGCCCUGUGGCUCUGUGGCAUUGGGUCAGCCAGUGAACUUGUCUGAACUGGGCGUUAGACUCCUGGUUCACACUUACUAGGCAGUACUGGGCACCUGGCUCCUUGUGGAGCGCGUCAUCUCGUCUGAUCUUGACGCCAAGCCCACGAAGAGGAGACACGGGGUGAAGCACCUGCCCUAGGCGGUGGGUGGUGAGGCCGAUCCCGACCCCGGCAGCCUGCCCUCCUGCCCGGAGAGGACGACCCCUCGUCUCUUGGUGGUGGUGGGGGAUCAAGAUUAUGUUCCUGCUGCACCCUGUGCGCGGUCUGCAGUGUGUAGCCUGUGCUUGAUGAAUGCGAGCUGGCCACUUUUUAAAAAAAAUUAAUUAUUUAUUUUUGGCUGCAUUGGGUCUUUGUUGCUGCGCGCGGGCCUUCUCUAGUUGCGGUGAGCGGAGGUUACUCUUCGUUGUGGUGCGCGGGCUUCUCAUUGUGGUGGCUUCUCUUGUUGCAGAGCACAGGCUCUAGGCACACGGGCUUCAGUAGUUGUGCCACGUGGGCUCAAUAGUUGUGGCUCACGGGCUCUAGAGUGCAGGCUCAGUAGUUGUCGCGCACGGGCUUAGUUGCUCCGCGGCACGUGGGAUCUUCCCGGACCAGGGCUUGAACCUGUGUCCCCUGCGCUGGCAGGCAGAUUCUUAACCACUGCACCACCAGGGAAGUCUUGAGAAUUGGUCUUAUUUGAUAAGAGGGGACAGUUGAGCUGAGGGAAGGGAGAAGUCUGGGAAGGAUUUCCGGAGGAGGUGCUGUUUUUGCUGGGCUCUGGUAGCAGAUCUACAGGGGGAAGGCGGGUGGGCAAGGUGGAAGGAAGCACCGUGCAGAUCGCACAGAUGGCCAGGUUGGGAGAGUCCAUGCUCACCUGGAGGAUGGGGAGUCUGGCCCGUUGGCCUGAUUGAGGGGUGACAGAACACGCGAUGCCCCGUAGGUGCAGUUCUGGUUUUUGUUUUUUGUUUUUGUCCUGAAGAGUAUUUUGUUUGUUUAAACAAUUUUCAGUUGCUCACCAGCAUUUGAGAAUCAGGAGUGGCCACAAAUGUUUCGGGAGCUCUAGAAGCACUGGGUGGCCGGUGGCUGGGACGGGGCAGAGGCUGCCGUGCUCCCUCUACUCCUGGGUGGGCCUGCGGCCGCAACAGUAGGUCAGGGUUCUAGCAGUUCCAGAAACUUCUGUCUCUCGUGGAGCAGAUGGGGAGUGGUGACUGGGGCUGUGCGUGUCUACCCUGAGCUCACUCUUUUCUGAGCCAGCCCGGCCCUGCUGGGCCCCUGGGAAGGGCUUCAAAGGACCUGAGAGAGGCCAGGUGUGGGAAGUAAAGCAGUGUAAUAGACUUAGCAGGAGGCAGCCUAAUUGAAGGAAAGGGGGAGGAAGCAGAGAGACAGAAGGAAACUGGAGCGGGAGCCUCAGGACCUCGCUCAACCCUGUGUGUCUAAGCAUGCUGGAAUCCUUGGAGGGAAGAGUGGUCUGCCCAGCUGGCCCCAGACCAGACAGAAAACAUGUAAAUGGUCAAUCCAUGGAGGAAACACGGACAGUUGCCACCAAAAACGGGGUGCAAGAUCCUGAUGGCAUCACAGAGACAUUCCCCCAACAUUCAAACCACAGGUCUGACGUGGGGAGGGCUCCCGGACCACCUUGGGGGCCCGGGGGGCCCAGACAGAUGCAGAGGAGGGAACAGACCGGGUCUUCAGGCCUGGAGUGAGGGGUGAAGAAGCCUACAGAAAAGGGAAGUGAGGAAGGAGCUGGAUGGGAGAUGUAGGGGUGUGCCUGCAGCCCUGGGGGUACUGGGGGGCACCUACCAUCCAGGGAGGGCUGAAGAGGGGCUGAGGGUCCGAGGCGGCCCUGUUGAGUCGGUGGUCUGAGAGCUCCAGCCCACUCACCUGCAGGGAGCUGGCGUGCACAGGAGCGGAUGCUGGAGAUGAGGAGGGCCAUCCCAAACAGUGGUGGGUGGUGGCAGCCUUGGAGGGAAGUAGGCCCUGCGCUGGGAUGUCGGCGGGGCUUGGUGGCCUAGGGAUUUGAUAUUUGAGCAGACCCUUGAAAGGUGAGAAGGGGCCAGGCAGGUGGAGGACUGGGCCAGGCUCUCUGGCGGGAAAGAGGAGGCCUGGGCGGGAGGUGGGAGUGAGGGGCUGGAGGAGGAAGUGAGUUUGCAAGGGUGACUGGGGCCGAUGGGGCCCUGCAGGACCUGCAGAGGAGUCUGGAUUUUGGACUGAGUGCAGCGGACACAUGUUGGAGGUGGUUCAGGCAGGGGAGUGAUGUGAACUGAGCUACCUGAAAAAAAAAAAGUAACAGUUUCAUUGUGAUGUAAUUCCCAUGUUGUACAGUUCACUUACUUAAAGUAUGCAGUUAACGUAUUCACAGGGAUGUGCAACCAUCACCACGCUGAUUUUAGGACUUUCUCAUCAUCCCCUAAAAGGCUGUGUACCCACUCGUGUCCCCCGGCCCAGAGCCUCUGAGAACCACUGGUCUGUGUUCUGACUGGAUUUGCCUGUCCUGGACUUUUCACGGACCCAGACAUGGAGCUGCGGGAAGAGGCGUGGUCUCCGGGGCCGUUGGAUUCUGAGGACCAGCAGAUGGCCAGCCAUGAGAACCCAGUGGACAUCCUCAUCAUGGAUGACGACGACGUCCCCAGCUGGCCCCCAACCAAGCUGUCCCCGCCCCAGUCGGCGCCCCCGGCUGGUCCCCCGCCCCGGCCGCGGCCGCCCGCCCCCUACAUCUGCAACGAAUGCGGCAAGAGCUUCAGCCACUGGUCCAAGCUGACGCGGCACCAGCGCACGCACACGGGCGAGCGGCCCAACGCCUGCAGCGACUGCGGCAAGACCUUCUCGCAGAGCUCGCACUUGGUGCAGCACCGGCGCAUCCACACGGGCGAGAAGCCCUACGCCUGCUCCGAGUGCGGCAAGCGCUUCAGCUGGAGCUCCAACCUCAUGCAGCACCAGCGCAUCCACACGGGGGAGAAGCCCUACGCCUGCCCCGACUGCGGCCGCAGCUUCACGCAGAGCAAGAGCCUGGCCAAGCACCGGCGCUCGCACAGCGGCCUCAAGCCCUUCGUGUGCCCGCGCUGCGGCCGCGGCUUCAGCCAGCCCAAGAGCCUGGCGCGCCACCUGCGGCUGCACCCGGAGCUGUCGGGGCCUGGCGUGGCGGCCAAGGUGCUGGCGGCCAGCGUGCGCCGGGCCAAGGCACCCGAGGAGGCGGCGGCGGCGGACGGCGAGAUCGCCAUCCCGGUGGGCGACGGCGAGGGGAUCAUCGUGGUGGGCGCGCCGGGCGAGGGGGCCGCGGCGGCCGCAGCCAUGGCGGGCACGGGGACCAAGGCGCCGGGACCCCGCUCGCGGCGCGCCCCGGCCCCCAAGCCGUACGUGUGCGUGGAGUGCGGGAAGGGCUUCGGGCACGGGGCCGGGCUCCUGGCCCACCAGCGCGCCCAGCACGGGGACGGGCUCGGGGCGGCGGGGGGCGAGGAGCCCGCGCACAUUUGCGUGGAGUGCGGCGAGGGCUUCGUGCAGGGUGCGGCGCUGCGGAGACACAAGAAGGUCCACGCCGUGGGCGCGCCCUCCGUCUGCAGCCGCUGCGGACAGAGCUACUACCGGGCAGGCGGGGAGGACGACGACGACGACGACGACGAGGCGGCGGGCGGGCGGUGCAGCGAGUGCCGUGGCGGGGAGGGCCGGUAGGGGCGGGGGCCCGGGGGGGCAGGGCCCCUCGGGCUUGGCGGGGACGACGGCGCAGGACCCAGAGACCCGGGGAGAAACGGACAGAGGGCUGCCCCGGACCGGCGGCGCGCUCUACCCCCUCCCCUCCCGCGGCCUGUGCGGCCUGAGAGGUGCGGCGGGCCUGGGGCGGGACACUGGGGACGCUCAUCGGGCCGCCCGGCCCCUCCCCGCGCCCGGCCCUCGGCCUGGCCUGACCCUUGUAGGUUCUCGGCCGAGCCCGAAUCAAGACGUGUGAGAACUAGAGAGACCAAGAUACGACAAAACCCACGAGCGAAAGACCAUUUUCCCUCUUUCUCUUCCCCACCAACGCGGGGUGUUGAGAAGAUGGCGAACAUUGGGACCUUUCCACUCGGAGGGGCCCCAGAGAGGGAAGGGAAAGAGGGGUCCUUUUCCCUUUUAGAAUUUUCUUUAUAAUCAUAUCCCCUUCCUGACCCCGCCUACCUAUUAUUUUCUCUCUUCUUCGCGGGUCCCAUCCUUUUUCCUCGCCCUAGUCCUUCCUCCCCCCUCCUGGAUCUGGGGUAGCAGAGAAGUGCUGGAGCGGAACUAGCCCCUGUCCCAGGCGCACCCCGCAGAAAACGGGUUCCCGUCUCAUCCCAGGCCUGGGCACGGUUGGAGGAGGGGUGCGGGGGGCAAUAAAUCGCACUAUCCAAUUGUC